AACCUGAGCUUCAACAUCUGGAACAAGAUGAAGGACGAGGUCUCCUACACUCCUGUGAUUCUGGACCCAAACACUGCUAUGUCAGACUUCAUCCUGUCUGAUGAACUGACCUGUGUGAGAAAACUAAAGAGAUGGGGAGGGCAACUGCAACUUCCUGGUAAUCCUGAGAGGUUGGAUUGUGACUACAAAGGUGUCCUGGGCUCUGAGGGCUUUGACUCAGGGACUCACAGCUGGGAUGUCAAGGUCGGAAACAGUGCAUUCUGGGAACUGGGUGUGUUAGCAGAGUCUGUCCAGAGGAAGGGAGACAUUCAGUCUGGAAUAUGGAGCAUAGUGUUCAAAGAAGGCGAAUACUCAGCACGGUCACCACCAGAUCCAGAAACCGAUCUCGAGCCGGACACGCCGCCCCGGAGGAUCCGAGUGACUCUGGACUGGGACGGAGGAAAGCUGUCGUUCUAUGAUCUUUGUACUAACACACACAUACACACCUUCACACACACUUUCACUGAGAAGCUGUUUCCAUUGAUUGACACUGAGGAGCACAUGUUUGUUUUACCACUGAAGGUCUGUGUGACUGUAGAACAGAUUAAUGAUUAUGAUGAUUAUGAUGGUCAUGGUGGUUAUGAGGAUUAUGAUGGUAAUGAAGAUGGUGAUGAUGAUGAUGAUUAUCAUUUAAUUAUGGGUUAA